GGUCGACAAUAGAAGCUUACAUCUUCCUAGACAACUAAUUGAAAAAUAUCGGGAGCAAAGAUAAGAUCUACAUAUGGUAUUCAUUAACUUAGAAAAAGCUUAUGAUAGAGUUCCAAGAGAAAUUAUACGGAGAAUUCGAGAAAAGAGAGAUAUUAGCAUAACAUAUAUUGAACUAAAGAUAUGUAUAAAGAUGUAACGGUGCGGAGUAACUGAAACAUUUCCAAUAAAAAUAGGGUUACAUCAAGGAUCAACUCUAAGUCCUUAUCUUUUUAUACUAAUUAUGGAUGAACUUACUGUACGCAUUCAAGACAUAGUACCGUGGUGCAUGUUGUUUGCAGAUGAUAUUGUUUUGGUAGAUGAAACGCGUGAAGGAGUAAAUGCUAAGCUAGAAUCUUGACAGAGAACACUAGAAGAGAAAUGUUUUAGGCUCAGUAGAAUAAAGAUAGAAUAUAUAGAAUUUAAGUUUAGCAAUAUUAGAUAUAAUGAGAUAAUUGUUAAGAUAAAAGAUAACGAGUUGCUUGGAACUAAGAGCUUUAAAUAUUUACGAUCAUUUUUGCAAAACGAUGGAUGUCUUACAUAAAAUACAAACAUGAUAGUUGAAAUGGAGGAGAGCGUCAGAUGUUUUAUGUGAUCGUAAAAUACCUUUAAAUUUUAAAGGAAACUUCUAUAAAACCGCAGUUAGACUUGUUAUAUUAUAUGAGGGAAAACUCUGAGAAACACGUUUAAGAGGUACAUGCAUGUACUUAAACGUCUAAUAAAUGCUCUAGUUAGAUGGUGUGAAACUAUGAUAAACAUGCACGUCAAAUGAGGAAGACAAAAAAAACUUGGUUAGCAACAAUAAAAUAAGAUAAAAUUUAUUUAAGAAUAAAUGAUGAUAUAGUAGGGGAUAGAGUCUAAUGGCAUAAAAGGAUCCAUAUAAAGCCGAUCCCACCUAGUGAGAUAAGACUUGAUUGUUGUUGUGGUAUUAAUCUUAUAUUAAUAAUUGCUAUAUUAUUUUUAUAUUGGGUUAUUUAAUUAUUUGCUAUAUAAUGAUAUAUAAUAGAUUUGUCUUAAGAUUUAGAACAUCUGUAGAUAUGUGAAUAAUUUUAUUACUUUCUCAUUUUUUAAAUUUUCUUUGUCCAUUAUGAUUUCAUUGAUUCUAUCAAUUCGAUGCAACUGAUAUUUAGAUUCUUUAAGUAUGCAGUCCUAAUCCUGAUCUCAAAAUCAAUUUUCAUUACUAUGCCUGAAGCAUUCAAGCAGCAGCGAUAGUGGGGCAUGAGGCACACGUGAUUAUUAGAAUCAACUACAAUGGGUGUUGAAAACAUAUUUCAAUUUCUAGUUCAAUCAACACAACAGAAUUAUAUAAUUCUUUAGUGGAUAUUUUGUGAAUUCUCUUGCCCCAUCAAUGAGCAUCACACCAUGAGUGAUUUUCCUGAAUUUCCCACUGAAGAGUAUGAUUAUUAACUGCAAAUACAACAUCAAACAUUAGAUUGCCUCGUAACUAAAUCCCAAGCCCAGACUGAUAUCAUAAUCCCUUCUCUUGUGAGAUUGCCAGCAGAGUUAUAUAAGUCUGUUUGAGUCAUGUUAAAAGGACCACAUUACAUAUCACAUAUAUUCAGUCCAAGCUACAGCUUAUGGUUUAUAUGACCAAGGGGUGAGUUAGGGCCAAAGAGUUCAAUAUGCAAUUUGUGCAAGUCAUUAUUUGAGUUGCUUAUGUAGCUGAGUCCUUAGAUAAGUCCAAAUCAAAUUGAUCAAAUUUAUUAAAAAAAAAUAUGGGUUGUUUAAACUAGUCUAAACCUAAUAUAAUUGAGAAAUAAUGAGAAAAGAGUGAGGGUGUCUACCAGGAGGGCAUUAAGAUGUGUAUAAUUAUAAAUUUUGUUAGAUAAUCUCUCCUAUAAGUUUCUUAGGUUAAACUCUUGUGAAGCUUUUUGUAUAAACAAUUUAUAUAUUGGUUAAUUGUUAAGCUCACAUAUUUCUAAGCAUUAAACAUUUUGUCAUCUAAUGCGGUUUAGUAUUCUCUUCUAUAGAUCACUAGGUUGAGUAUUCUCUUUUAUAGAUCUCUUAUAAGUCUCUUAGUUCUAAAUUUUUUCUUUUAUAUGCAUUGCUUAUCUUAAUUAUUCAGAGUUGUGAACUUUUGUUAAUAUCAUGUGUUUUAUUAUUGAUGUCAUAUGUGCCCACAUACUGCAUAUGUGGUUGACUGAUUAUUAUCUCUAUACACUUUUUAAAACCUUGACAUGGACAUGCAAUUAAAUAAAAUAAAUUAAUUUUUACUCUGAACAACACACUAACUGAUCGAUAUAAUUGUUUUCUAAAUGUUGAUGUCUACGAGUGUUAAUAUUGAUUUUAGUAUAUUUGUUAUAUUUCUAAGUUUUUGAUAUAAUUGCUUCAUUUCUAAUUGUUGAUGCAUAAAAUUAUUACAAAUUUUGACAUCGGCUAAUAUUUGUUACAUUUUCUAAAAGUUGAUGAAUAUUAUUAUCAUGUUCUUGAAGGUAUAUAGCAAUUGACUCUUUAUAAAUUUAUUGUUUAUUGAAAGUGAGGCAAACUAAAUUAAAGAACCAGAAUGUGAAAAAGAAAUUAAAAGCAGUAGACAGUCUACCAAGCAAUGGCAACAUUUAAGUUGUUUACUAAAUGGUUUCCAGAUGACAUUUGUAGCUAUCCCCUCAAUCAUAGUUUGUAGAAUUGUGGUCACAUGCAGAAUUGAUCAGAAUUGGAUCGGUCGGGAUCAGAUUGUAGAAUCAUACAAUCUUACCAAAAACCCUUGAAAUUUUAUGAUACAUGAUUAAUAAUCAGAAAAAAAAAUUUAAAAAACUCAUUUACAUAUAAAUAGAUUAAUAAUUUUACAUAUAUAUAUAUAUGCAACUGUCGACACUCAACAUCUCAAAUUACAUUAUUACUUGUAUAAAUUUAAAUUAAUUCUCGCAUAGUCUGUGUUGUUAAAGGCGCGCCUGAGGCGCGCCCGGGGCGCUAGGCACACAAGGCGCUGGGAAGAACGCCUCUUCCCACGCGAGGCGGGCGCUGUUCGCCAGGCGCGCGCCUUGUGCGCCUUUGCACCUCAACGAAGGCGCGAUCGAGGCGCGAUCAAGGCGCCGUGAUCGAUCGUGAACAAAUAUGGAUUUUAAACAAAAAAAAACAUUCCAAAUCAAUGUUGUUUGGAAUUAGGGCACGGGAAAUAGGAGAAGAAAACGUAGGAAGGGAGGAAGAGAACGCAGGAAGGGAGGAAGAAACCUGAACCCUUUUUCAUCCGUCGUCGCCAUCGCUGAGGAAGAAACCCAAGUAUGUUUUCCUUCUUUUUUCCUGUUUUUUCUGUUCUUCACUUCGUCUUCUUCGUCUCUUCUUCUUCUUUUUCGUCUGUUAUCAUCUUCUUCAUCUCUUCGUUUCUUUUUCUUCUUCGUUUCUGUAUCUUCUUUUCUUCUGCAAUUCUGUGUCUUCUUUUCUUUGCUGUGCUGCUGUCCAGUUCGUGUUCUGCUUUACUGUGCUACUGUCCAGUUCGUGUUCUGUUGUGCUGCUGUCCGAUUUUGUUUUGUUUUGGUUUCCUAUUUUUUUGAUUUUUGCAGGUUGUGUUUUUGCUUCCUACUGCUAUCCGGUUUUGGAUUUUUUGGUAUUGUUUUUCCACUUCUAUUAGUUCGUAUUGGUGCUGCUGUCCAAUAUUUAAUUUUUUUACUGUUUUUUCAUUUUUGUUUGUCUUGUUUUGCUUUUUGUUUUUUACUAUUUUGCUAUUGCUGGUACAGACUGUACAAUACUUUUUUAUUGCUGGUACCAUAUUGAUUUUAUUUUAUUUUUAAUUUAUCAGACUAUUUUUUUGUUCAAUUAUCAUGGAAGGUAGUAGUGAUACUCCAACAUAUAUAUCAAAAGAUCCGGGAUGGAAUUAUUUUCAAAGAGUUAAUCUAGACAAUAAAAAUGAUUUAAUUUGUAACUUUUGUCAAAAAGUUACAAAAGGGGGUAUCUAUCGUGCAAAACAACAUCUUGUUGGGGGGGUUUCGAAAUACUACGACUUGCAAAAAAUAUCCGUCUCAUGUACGUGAAGAAAUUAAAAAUUUUAUGUAGAAAAAGACGGAGAAAAGUAAUCUGUCUAAACUUGCGAUAUUGGACUUUGAGGAUGUAGACCCUUUUGAUGAUGAUAUUGAUAUGGAUGAUAUUGGAGCUAAAGUUGUGCCGCCUAUAAGUACAAGUACAAGUUCUAGAUCAAUGAAUAUGCAAAAAAAGGCCCAGACAAAUAGGUCCAAUGGAUACGUAUUUUGCUCCUAAUGUACAAAAAAAAAUGUUGAAAACAGAAAGGGUAAAGAAAGACAAACUACGAUAAAUGAGGCAUAUAAGAAAGAAUUGAGGGAAAAAGCUUGUAUGGCUAUAACUGAGUAGAUGUAUGAUGCGACAAUUCCUUUUAAUGCCAUUAACUAUUCAAGCUUCAAAAGAAUGUUGGACUUUGUUGGCCAAUAUGGUAUAGGUCUAAAAGGACCUAGUUAUCAUGAGGUGCAGGUUCCUUUUCUAAAAAAAGGCUGUUGAUAAUGUGACAAAUGAUUACAUUAAGUCAUGUGAAACACAAUAAGCCAAGUAUGGUUGUAGUUUGAUGGCAGAUGGGUGGACAUACAAAAGGCAGAGAACAUUAAUUAAUUUUUUAGUGAAUUCUCCUAAAGGUUCAGUUUUCAUCGAAUCGGUUGAUGCUUCUGAUUAUGCAAAGACUGGAGAGAAAAUAUUUCAAUUGCUUGAUCGAUUUGUGGAGCGUGUAGGAGAAGUAAAUGUUGCUCAAGUUGUUACGGAUAGUGCAAGUAACAAUGUGCUUGCUGGAAAAUUAUUAGAAGCAAAAAGACCACACUUGUAUUGGACUCCUUGUGCUGCUCACUGCGUCGACUUGAUCUUAGAAGAUGUUGGGAAAUUGCCUGAUUUUAAAGCAACAUUGAAGAAGGCAAUGAGUGUGAAUGCUUACAUUUAUGUUCGCCCCAGCAUGGUAAAUAUGUUGAGGCAAUUCACAAGACAAAAAGAGCUUUGUCGGGCAGGUGUCACAAGAUUUGCUACUGCUUUUCUCACACUUGAAAGAAUGCACCUACAAAAGCAAAAUUUAAGAAAAAUGUUCAUUUCAAAGGAUUGGACAGAGAGUAAAUGGGCAAAAGAAGCAUCGGGGAAGAAGGUAGCUAAAAUCAUCAUGACACUUAGAUUUUGGAGCAGUAUUGUGCAUAUUUUAAAGAUAUAUGGCCCUUUAGGCCGUGUUCUAAGACUGGUUGAUGGCGAAAGAAAACCUGCAAUGGGCUAUAUUUAUGAGGCUAUGGAUAGGGCAAAAGAAACAAUUAUGAAGGCCUUUAAGGAGAAAGAAGAGAAAUACAAAGAAGUGUUUGAGAUCAUUGAUGCGAGAUGGGAAUGUCAACUUCAUCGGCCUCUGCAUACUGCAGGACAUUAUUUGAAUCCAGAAUAUUUUUAUUCAUACACAGAUUCAAAUAUCUGUGGAGAAGUGGUGAAUGAUUUGUUUGAAACUAUGGAGAGAUUGGUUUCAAGCAUUGCCGAGCAAGAUAAAAUCACUACCUAGCUCUCUAUAUAUUGAAAAGCAGAAGCGCUAUUUGGGAGGAAUGUGGCAAUUAGACAUAGAAGAGUAUUAUCUCCAGCAGAAUGGUGGGAAUGCUAUGGAGCAAAUACCCCAUAAUUGCAAAAGUUUGCUAUUAAAGUACUUAGCCUCACUUGCAGUGCUUCUGGUUGUGAGCGCAAUUGGAGUGUAUUUGAG